CCCAGAGAGCGGAGUCUGGUUCAGUGUACAGUAUCUGGACCGGACCGGGGCGGGCAGAAGGCGCAUUUGCAAGGCGGUGGAGAUGGAGGACAACGAGAACGAGACAGAGAAGAGGGAUAAAAACUCUUCCAAGGGCGAGAGAGUGACUCUGAAGAAAGAAAUUGGACUUUUGAGCGCCUGCGCUAUUAUCAUCGGGAACAUCAUUGGCUCUGGAAUAUUCAUCUCACCUAAAGGAGUGUUGGAACAUGCCGGCUCAGUGGGGCUGUCACUUAUCGUCUGGGUUUGUGGAGGGGGGAUCUGUGCACUUGGGUCCAUGUGCUAUGCUGAGCUGGGUGUCACCAUCCCAAAGUCUGGAGGAGACUAUUCAUAUGUGACAGAGAUCUUUGGAGGGCUUGUUGGCUUCCUGUUGUUAUGGAGUGCCGUCCUCAUCAUGUAUCCAACCACACUGGCUGUCAUCGCACUCACCUUCUCCAAUUACGUCUUGCAGCCAGCCUUCCAGCACUGCCUGCCUCCAUACAUCGCCACCAGACUCCUCGCCACCAUCUGUAUCUUGUUCCUGACCUGGGUGAACUGCUCGAGUGUACGCUGGGCAACCAGGAUCCAGGAUGUUUUCACCGUAGGAAAGCUGCUCGCCCUGGCACUCAUCAUAGUGGUGGGACUUGUCCAAAUCUGUAGAGGUCACUAUGAUGCCCUGCACCCCAGUGUGGCCUUUGAGUUUCGUCAGGAGCCCUCAGUGGGACAGAUCGCUCUUGCCUUCCUCCAGGCCUCCUUUGCCUACAGCGGCUGGAAUUUCCUCAACUAUGUCACAGAGGAGGUUGUGGAGCCACGCAAGAACCUGCCUCGUGCCAUUUACAUUUCAAUCCCACUGGUGACCCUGGUGUACACUUUGACCAACAUUGCCUACUUCUCCUCCAUGUCCCCUGAGGAGCUGCUGGCCUCCAAUGCUGUGGCAGUGACAUUCGGGGAAAAGCUGCUGGGGAUGUUUUCCUGGGUGAUGCCAAUCUCAGUAGCACUGUCCACCUUUGGAGGAAUCAACGGAUAUCUGUUCACCUCCUCCAGAUUGUGCUUCUCAGGGGCCAGAGAGGGUCAUCUGCCCUAUCUACUGGCUAUGAUCCACCUAAAAAACUGCACUCCCAUCCCCGCCCUGCUGGUCUGUUGCAGUGCCACAAUACUCAUCCUGUGUAUUGGCGAGACACACAACCUGAUCAACUAUGUGUCCUUUAUCAACUAUCUGUCGUAUGGGGUAACCAUCGCCGGCCUCCUCUACCUUCGCAAGAAGAGACCCAACCUGGUCAGACCCAUCAAGGUGAACAUGUUGAUCCCCAUCACCUACCUGAUUUUCUGGGUUGUGCUGCUGGGCUUUAGUCUCUACUCUGAGCCGGUGGUGUGCGGCCUCGGCAUGGUCAUCAUGCUGACCGGGGUCCCUGUGUACUUUGUGGGUGUUCACUGGAGGAACAAACCCAAAUGGGUCUACAGGGUAGUCGAAAAAUGCACGUAUAUGGGCCAGAAGCUGUGUUACGUGGUGUUUCCUCAGGAAGACCCUACAGAGACUGAACCCCUCACUUCCUCCAAAGCCACGGACUGAGUGCCACAAUGAACCAGGAACUCCCUUUUUACAUCAGCAGCUGUACUUACAGUGUUUGCAUUACAAUUUUUUGUUUUGUUUGGUCAGUUUUUGAAUGCUGAAGGGAUGAUUUUACCUGUGUUCUUCCAUAGGUGCUACCUUAUGGGGUCUGCAAUGAAUCAUCCCAUAUAAAAGAAGUGGAUGGUUAUAUUUAGGACAUUAGCAUGUUAAAGGUACAGUGUGUAGAAUUUUGUGAUAUCUAGUGUUGAAGUUUCGUGUUGCAGCUGAACACCCCUCACCUCACCCUCUCCUUCCAAACAUGAAUGAGAACCUGUGGCAGACUUUAAUUGUCAUAAAAACUCUAAGGUGUUUAGUUUGUCCAGUCUGGACUAAUGUAGAAAAAAAAUGUCAGUCUCCAUAAAGGGCCUUUUCUGGGGUAAAGAAAAUUAC